AUGCUCGCGGAACAGUCUGUUCAUGACCGUGUUAACCUUGCCCGACUUGUCUGCAGAUUGGAGAAGUCAGUCGCCGCAGAGGCGUGGUCCUGUGAGGCUCUUCCACCCGCCAGUCCCCCAGCAUGGAUCCGCACUCGUGGGAUGCUGCAGAAAAUCAGGCAUGCGAGGAAGCUGUUGCAGAGUGUGCAGGCAAACGGGGAUGCCAUCGACUCAGCCUCUGUGGGGCGCUUUGCGGAGAUCAGCAAGUCUCUCGACCACCUAGAGAGCGUGGUCACGGAAGCUGACAAGCGAGUGUCCCCCUCGGUCACAAGACCUCCGUCUAUAUUGUCUUCGUUGCCCAAGCCUUCACCGCCCCCAGUGACACCUGCCAUCCUGGAGGAGACGCUACCCGAGCCUACUACCACACUGCUCCCAGUGGAAGAGACUUCGGCCAUAGCCACACACGAAUGCCUACUCUCCCUAGCGGCCUCUCCCGCGGUCCGCGGACCCAUCAACCCGAGCGAGACCCUCCUCCCGCCGUCGCACAUCGCCCCGGCGGCGAAGACGACGACGGAGGCGGCGCCGGCGUUUAUGCAGAACUCGAAGCAGCUGCAGGAGGAGCUGGCGGCGCAGCUGGCUCAGAUGGCGACGCAACUGAAGCGGAACGCGAUCCACUUCGCGGGCGCGCUCGAGACCGACAAGGCGGUCGUGCUGGACGCGCAGGAGAAGCUGGAGCGGAACCAUGAUGUCAUGUCGAGGGAACGCGUCCGGCUGCGGGACCACCACUCGAAGAGUUGGGGCACGACCUGGAUCACCCUCCUCAGCCUCGUGGUCGUCGCCAUCGGCUUCUUCCUCACUUUCCUCGUCAUCCGGGUAACCUAG